AUGGUGAACAUUUUUACAAGUUUUGACGUAAAGAAAGGAUCAGCACCUACGUUGAGCUUACCAAUCGGACUUUUAUUGAAGAGCACUUCAGUGUCUCAACAUAAUCUUACAAAGACUGCUUAUCAAAACUACAUGGUUAAUAUUGCUAAAUUUUUCAAUGCAAAAGAAGAUGCAGUGGUAGAUUUGGUGGAUGUUUUAGAAUUUGAAUUAAAACUCAUGGAUGCAAAGAAAAACAGUCCUCUGCCAGCUAACAAAACCAGUAGUAUGAUUUCACUUGAAGAAAUGAACCGAACAUGGCCAAGUAUAAACUGGACUCGGCUUUUCGAAUGGAAACUCCAUCCUUAUGUUUCUCCAAAAGAAUUAAUUUACCUACAAAACAAAAAUUUCAUUACCAAAUUUGAAAAAUUGAUGAAUGAAACCUCGAAAAAAGUCCAAGCAAAUUACGCUAUUUGGAAAAUAAUCGAAUAUUCCGCCCCUAUUGUUAAUUCUGUAACGCUUUAUAAAUUUGGUCAAACCUACUACGCUUUAACAAAUCAGAGUCUCAGUGGGUUCCAAAACUGUCAACAAAUGAUUACAAAUAUGUUAUCAGACGUUAUAAAAGCUUUUUACGGACGUACUUAUCCUGUAGACCAAAAAGUUAAAAAUCAUGAAAAUAUUAUUUUUUCAAAUAUUAAAAACAAAUUUAUCGAUACUUUGAACAGCUCAAAGGCCAAUAGCGAACAUAUCAAAAAAAUAAAAACUGUUAAAGUAGUUUUUGGUAAUCCAGAUGAAAUGAUGGAUGACAAUAACUUGGAAAAAUAUUUUAAAGGACUUGAAAUAACUCCAGAUAAUUUCCUCGUUAAUUAUUUGAAUAUUUUUCGAUUUAAAAAGAAUAAAGAUUAUCCACUUGAAAAUAUUAUUGAAAUACCAUCGGGAUUUCUUGAAGGAUUUUUCAUCAGUUCUGAUUGCUAUAAUUACACAAAUUACGCUGUUUUUGGAGUACUUAUUGGUCUAAAAUUUGAAUAUUUGAUUGAUAUGAUGUCAAUUAAUAAUUACGGGCAAAGAGCUUACACAACUGAGCAGUGUUUAACCGAGCAGUACACUAUUUUUGGAGAAAAUGUAAAUGAGGGCAUUUUGAAGGAUCGAAUUGGCCAUCAAAGAGGUCUUGAACUUGCUUACUCAGCUUAUCGAGAAUUCAUUGAAGAUAAACAAGAACCAGAUUUAGCUGGACUGUAUUCAUCUGAUCAAGCUUUCUGGUUAUCCUUCAGGAAUUUGUAUUGCUCACCAAAAUGGUGGGACAAUCUCUAUGGUAUACCGGUAGAUUCCCGAAAGAAACUAGUGAUUACAUCACUUUCAAACAUUCCAGAGUUUUCAAAAGCAUUCAGCUGUCCUUUAGGAUCUAAAAUGAAUCCCACCAAGAAAUGCCCUUUGUUCUAA